UUUUAUUGCGGAUAUGAAAGUGAAGAAUUUAGUUCUCCUGUUCGCCAUCACCCAGCUCCAUUCAUUUUCUGCCUGUGAGGCAUCGUCCGCAACGGAAGUGCUGUCGACCGUGGCAUGGAGGCACUUUCCAGCGAGGGCUAGACACCCGUGUUGGGGGACGCCAGCUGCAGCAGACGAAGAAGUGUGCAUAGUACGAAGCAACAGCUAUAGUAAGACAAUGUUCCAACACGUUUCGGGCUGCUAUUGCUAUUUCUACAUGAACCCUGCUUUCUUCAAACCAAACAUAACCAUCCGGAUGUGGCUGUGCGGUAUACCAGACGAGUUCGGGUACCCCUGUAUCCUGACAUCAGAAGGCGCCGAGAUACCGUACGACUACGAGAACCCCAAGACAGUGGAGGUUCUGGGUGGAACUUUUGUAUCAUCUGCCGCCACUGACAAAUGGAUACAGUGCUCUAAGGCAGCAAAGAGUUGCUGCGAAAAUAUGGAUGAGGGAACCGUGAAUCCAGGACAGGGAUACUGCUCAGCGAAUUGGGACGGCUGGUCCUGCUGGGACAAGGCGCCAGUUGAAACGACGCAACACGGACCGUGUCCGGACUACAUCUACUUUGCGGAGCCUCCUUCCUGUCAACAAUAUAGUAAUAAAGAGUGCCUCGCAACAGGAAGAUGGAAUGAGAGCACCGACUACGCUCCCUGCUCAAGCCUUCCUAUCUUACUGCUGAGGAACAGAACUUCAUACCACGUGAUCUUGCUUUACGUGUCAAUUGCUACGUCCCUUCCGGCGCUCAUCAUCUUCUUUAGCUACAGAAAACUGAGGAUUACGAGGGUGACCCUCCACAGGAACCUGAUUGUAGCCAUUGUCCUUCGAAAUAUUUUCAGCAUACUAGUCAAGACGAUUAUCAUUCUAGAUGCCAUCAGCAAUGAAAGGGAAGGGGUGAUGGAGACUAACUCCGUCUGGUGUCGAGUACUCUCCUUCAUGGACAAACUGGCUGGGAGCGCUGUAUAUUCUUGUAUGCUUCUGGAAAGUGUAUUUUUGCAUCGCCUCAUCGCCGCAGCAUUCAAAGGAGAGCCGAAAAUGCUGUACUACUACUACGUGGCUAUAGGUCUUGCCAUUUUGCCAGUGGGAAUUUGGGCCACCAUUACAGCUCUGCACAACGAUGUCAAUUGUUGGGCGGCAGAUUCCACGAAUUUUGGUUAUAUAGUUGAUGGUCCUCGCAUCUUAACAUUAGUGAUUAAUGCGCUGUUAAUGCUGGAUAUUGUAAGAGUCUUGUGGACCAAGCUGAGGAGGGUCAACACGGCCAAAUCCCAACAUAUCAAGCGGAUGACUCGAGCCACCAUCCUCCUGAUGCCCUUGUUCGGUGUUCAGUUUCUGCUGACACUGGUUCGCCCCAGCACGAAGGACUGUGAGCUCGAGCAGGCUUACUACUAUAUCUUCUACACCAUGGAUGGCUUACAGUGUACACUUGUGGCACUAUUCUACUGCUACCUUAACAAAGAGGUCCACGUGCAGAUCCUUCGGAGCUACAACGUGCUGAUGACUCAUCUGUACCGUCUACUGGGCAAGGACUACGAGCCGAAACGUCGGACCACCUGGGUCUACAGCGAGCGUCGUCAGACUUCCACUAGCCUGGUCAUACCCGACGAUGUCGCGCGAACAAGUGCGACCUCUCACCCCGGUGCUGUCGGUCGAAAGGAGUCACAUCCACGUAGCAGCAGGACGUCUCUCGUUAUUGGGAGCGUGAGCGACAUUCUGGCUCAGCAGGACGCCGUCCAGUCGCCUGGAACGCUUCCUCCGCGUAGAAGCGUCUCUUUCGCCAGGAGUUCGUACAAAAGUGACGGUUCGUCAUCCAACUACUACAUUCCCAACCGCCCUCACAUCAUGAACAGCGCAAGGCAAAGGAAAGUUUCUGUUGUCAACGAGGAAAGUCAAGCUGAAGACGAAAGAAUUCAGGAACAGAGACCUACAGCAGAUACAUCAAUAUCACAUACCAAAUCACACGAUUCUGAUGAAGAAGCACAUGGAUCGAACAGUGAGCCUUAUCCAGGUUACAUGGAUAGUUCAGAGGAGUCAGGUUUUGAGGUCACUGGAAGUCAAAUUUUGUUGGCUCCAACAGUUCAUAACCUGGGACUCUCAGAACAUAUCGCGGACAUAGCAGCAACAGACAUGCACGCUGAUAGUGGUACAGCAGCAGAUGGGCAGUCGUGCGCCUAAGUGUUUCGUCCGGUUAGAGGAGUAUAGCUGUAGCAUCCUGAUUUGUGAUUUAGAAACUUAAGAAUUAAUCAGCAAAAUAAACUUGCGAAGUGACAAUCCUUUCUUGUGCGAAAGAUCUAAAAUUUUGUGACGAUGGUAUAUUAACAGAGCUCUUGUGUUUGUGGAUAGUUGUAUUCUUAUGCGUUAACUAACCUCAUAGACAAGGCCGCGCCAUAGCUCAAGCGGUUAGUCGCUGGC